AGAUACACCGCUGAGCCAAAAGUGUAUUUCUUAAUAGCACAAGUGCUAUUACAGUCUAUCUGACUAUGAGUGGUAUUACCACCUCAUAACAGUUUUCAUCAUGCCUUCUAAGAACGGGUGCCCGACUACGAGUCAGAUUAUAGCGACCACCUAUAUUACUCACGACUGUCGUUCUAAGAAUAGCGAGGUGAGUAGCAUAAUACAGCUGCUCAUGUAAUGUAACUGAACAAGUUUAUACUCCGCCGACUUAUCCCCAGGUGCGUAUGUUGUAUAUAACAUCUCCCAAUUUCCCACAAAAGCAGCUUCACGUCGCGGUGUAUUUCGAGGGUUCCAUCACAGAUCUAGUAAAAGCCAUGCAGCAAGAAAACACGCAUUCGGGGUCCGCAGAAGAGUUGACUACACGUACCCUUUCAGGUGAUAUCAUUCUCGCUAUCGCUAAACAUGUGCGUGAAAUAAAAGCGACCGUCCGUUUAUCAGGAACAUGUCGCUUCUACCAUGGGCUUCUCGACCCAUUCAUCUAUAGGGCUGACAUGCUUAGGGCGAAGCGAUCAUACCUUCAAAGUAGGCAAGUAGUAGGUCGGCGAACGGUAGCCGAGAAGAUAGCCCUUCAUUGGGCUAUUGCGCAAGCCGAUGAUAGAACUCGCAUGACUGUGGCUCAGAAGUCUAUUAAGGCAGCGCUAAAGUACUGGCCGGAAUGCUUCGAAGUUACUGAUUGGGACGGGGCUCGCAUGACACCACUUCACCUGGCAGCCAAGCAUGGCGUAGAGGACAUAGUUCGGGAGCUUACAGAAGCCUACGGCCCCGUUGAUAUGGAAGUCAAGGUGAAGUCCAAUCCAAACUUUACCCUUCGCACAUAUAAACUCGCUGAGCCUCGGCGGUUCACUGUCAUUCCUCUCUCUGCGGCCAUUAUAUACGGGCACGUAGGCGUUGCCGAGACUUUAGCUCGUCUUACAGGCGAAUUGGAGGAGUGCGAGACGAAAAGGGGGAUUUUAUCACCACUAAGGUUGGCAGCCCUGCACAAAAUGCCAUCAGUUAUCAAAAUACUGCAAAGUCGAGGUUUCAAAGUUGGAGCACACAGGGGUUUGGUAUACGAUAAAGGUCUGACCUCCCUUCACUUCGCAGCCGCUGAAGAUAACAACGAGGAGACUCUUCAAUUAUUGCUCGAUACCGGCUACAGCCUUGACUAUGUCAACCAUGGAGGGUGGACUGCUUUCGAGACCACAUUGGAAUUUCGAUGCCUAGCAAAUGCCGUGUUCCUCGUCAAGGAUCUUUCAAUGGGGGAAAAGCUGAAUAUUGCCAAUCACAAUUUCGGUCGCCUUUUGAAGACGGACGUUUUUUUGCCCGUAACUAAAGCAUUGUUGGAAGGUACCAAAAUCCACCGGAAGCAGGCUCGUCGGCACAAGAGCGCCAUGCGAAGGGUUAUCAAAAAAAUCAGGGGGCUUGAGGAGGCGCAAAAGACGAUGAAUUUCUUAAUGACUCACCCAAGCAUCAAUUUCCCGAAAAAUAUGCAUGAGCGCUUGGCUGAGAUGACAAAUAAAGCUAUUGAAUACCAAAAGGCUCGAGAGAAAUUUUUAGAAGAUCUAAGGGCGCCCCAGUAUAGAUGGCAUAGAGGAGGAGGAUAGCUACAAUGACGAUGAUGACGAUGGGUCCGUAAGCCCCUAAAGAGAAAAAGUCAUGUGACCUGGCGUCGCGUCUCUGUGAUGUCAGACGAGGGGCAGACGCGCCCUUUGAAUGACAUGGCGUAUUGAGUC